GUUGGAGAUUUAUUGAUGUGGGGGCGUCUUUACUGCAGCGUACGGGUUAUUAAGCGCCGCGGUCUCCGUCCCUUCAUAUGUAAUGAAGAUGCGGACAAGAACUUAAUAAAACCGUUGCUCCAAAUUCUCCACUUUGCUUCGCUUCUGGACUUUAACGUGGUAUUUCUGGGGUCAGCUGCCGGUCAUGUCCACGUCUUAGAAGCCGACCGAGCCUCCCUUCCCGUCAUGGACCCCAAGAAGCCGGGCAAGCUGCAGCAGCUCCGCCAGAGGAUGCUGCCACAGCUCCGGCGAGGCAAGACGAGCCCGACCAAACAUCUGGUUCAUCUGGAACCCACCAUGGACCACCGGAUGAGCUCUUCCGUUCCCGACAUGCGUGACGUGAGGCAGCAGCACGCUCAGGUCCCCGCCGGCGCGCAGGUCCAACGGUACACCUCUCCCAGCUCCAGCAGCCCCUCCACGCCGCUCCUCAAGCCAGCUCGAAGCCCCGGGGGCGGGAGUGGGAGUGGCCGGGUGAUGCGAGACGCUCUCGGAGGAGCCGGGAGGAAGGUGCGUGCAGACUGCACGGACUGGGCUUCCUCCCAGGAGUCAUUCGGCAGUCUCUGCCUGGAGGAGAAGAAGCUGGAGACACACCACAGACCUGCCGGGGGCAUGGAGCCCGAGGAGCUGGCCCUGCCGGAGAUGAUGACCGUGUACAGCCCAGGACCCCCCUCUGAGGAGGUGUCCCAGGACAGCGCACAGUAUGAUGAUCAUAUCAGCGAUCAUGGGUUGAAAGACGGGGACAGCCAAAAUUCUGAGAUGGGGAACGAGUCCCUGAACGUGCCGGAGAGCCUACGGGACCCUCUCAGAUCCUUCCUGCUCACCAUCAACCUGAAGGAAGGACGAAACCUGGUCAUCAGGGACCGCUGUGGUACCAGCGACCCGUACGUGAAAUUCAAGCUGGAGGGGAAAACCUUCUACAAAAGCAAAGUGGUUUACAAAAACCUCAACCCGGCGUGGAAUGAGACCUUCACGCUACCUGUGAAGGAUCUGAACCAGAACCUGUACAUCAAGGUGUACGACCGUGAUCUGACCACCGAUGACUUCAUGGGCACCGCCGUCGUCAGACUGCACGACCUGGUGAUUGACAAGCACAAUGAGAUGACUUUGCGCUUGGACGACCCAAACAGCCUGGAGGAGGACAUGGGGGAGGUGCUGGUGGACAUGAGGCUGUCACUCAGAGAUGGCAACAGCAAAAGAGGCAGUCGGUGGCCCCAAAAAAGAAAACCAAGUACUCCGCCAGGAGGCUCUUCUCUGGGCUUUCGCCAGUUGGAGACACUGAGGAAGAGUCAGCUUUGGACUUCUGUUGUGUCCGUGACUCUGGUCGAGGGUCAGGAUCUGCCGCUGGACACUCAGGGGGGUCAGUUCUUCGUACGCUUCAGACUCGGGGAGCUGAGGCACAGAAGCAAGAAUCACUGCAAAGUGUCCAACCCUCAGUGGAGAGAGAGGUUCACCUUCAACCAGUUUGGGGACAGACCAGAAAACCUGGAGGUGGAGCUCUGGUCCAAGGAAGGACGAAGGAACGAGGAGUGUUUGGAAACAAGUGAGGUCGACCUGUCCGCGAUACCGUUCAACCAGACGGCGCUGUUCACACAGACCCUGGACCAGGGGAGAGGACGCCUUGUCCUCCUGAUCACACUGAACCCGUGCAGCGGCGCCUCCAUCGCGGACCUCUCUGCGGCGCCGCUCGACGAACCUCAUGAACAACAGAAACAGCUGGACAACUAUAGUUUGAAAAGGUCCCUGAAAAAUCUCCCUGAUGUUGGUUUCCUGCAAAUCAAAGUUAUCAGGGCUGCGGAUUUGCUGGCUGCUGAUCUAAACGGCAAGAGCGAUCCCUUCUGCGUGUUGGAGCUGGGGAACGACCGGCUGCAGACCCACACAGUCUACAAGAGCCUCAACCCAGAGUGGAAAACCGUCUUCACAUUCCCUGUCAAAGACAUUCAUGACGUUCUGGUGGUGACCGUCUUUGACGAGGAUGGAGACAAGGCGCCAGACUUCCUGGGAAAAGUUGCCAUUCCCCUGCUCUCGAUCCGCAGGGGACAGCAGAUCGCCUUCCCGCUGAAAAAAGAAGACUUAGGUGGGCUGUCGAAGGGGAGCAUCACUCUGGAGCUGAAGGUUAUUUUUAACCCUGUCAGAGCAGGUAUAAGGACCUUCAAGCCAAUGGAGAGAAGAUUCAUGGAGGAUAAUCCCAAAUUUUCCAAAAAGGUGCUGGCCAGGAACGUGCUGCGCGUUCAGGCGCUGUACAGGGCCAUCGUGUCGACUCUGCAGUACAUCAAAAGCUGCUUCCAGUGGGAGAGCGUUCAGAGGAGCCUGCUAGCCUUCCUGGUGUUCCUGGUUACGGUGUGGCACUGGGAGUUUUACAUGCUGCCCCUCUUCCUGGUGCUGCUCAUCUCGUGGAACUACUUCCAGAUCCAGACCGGUCGGGUCAGUCAGGACUUGGACAACGUGGAUGCGGGCGACGAAGAUGACGACGAUGAGAAGGAGUCGGAGAGAAGAGGCUUGUUGGAGAAAAUCCACAUGGUCCAAGACACAAUCAUCACCCUUCAAACCCUGCUGGACCAGAUGGCCUGUUUUGGGGAGAGGAUUAAAAACACUUUCAACUGGUCGGUGCCAUUCCUGUCCAGUCUGGCUUUCCUUAUCUUUGGGAUUGCAACGAUCCUCACAUACUACAUCCCCGUCCGCUACAUAGUUUUAAUCUGGGGCAUCAAUAAAUUCACCAAGAAAUUACGGAACCCGUACAGCAUUGACAACAAUGAGGUGUUUGAUUUCCUGACAAGGGUGCCUUCAGAUGUGCAGAAGGUUCACUACAGUGAGGUGAGAGGCAGCAGGAAGAAGAAACUCUCGUAGGCUUUCUACUCAAAAACAGUUUGCAGAGAACCCGCCCGUCUCCCGUUGCGUGGCAGCUCUGAAUCUCAAUUUGUUUUGGCGAUGCACAGCUCGGCAUCGGUCAUAUCAACCAGCACCUGAAGACUUUUCAUCCAAAGACGUCCACGACGAGGGCCGCACAGACAUUACGCAAGAGGAGUUUGUGAUAUUAUUGCUAAGGAUGGAGGAUGUUGUGUUGUUUGUACAGUUUACUCUUCAAGCCAAACAAUGGGAAGCUGCUUUAUUUUAUAGUUCCUGGUUGCAUCCUCUUAAGCCAGCUGAAAUAUCAGAUUGUAUUUUAAUGAAUGUAUGGAAGAUUUGGGUGUAUAUUUUUAACUGAUUUGUAUAAUAUUAUUCUCCCUGCAAAAAGAAAAUAGCAGUUGUUGCUAAGAUGAAAAUGAAUUCUAUUAUGGGUUUAUAUUAUUUCAUGCAGCGUUUUCAUACAAAAAACGCAUUUUAAAGUACAAUGUCUUUGCAGUUUUAAAUGUUAUGAUGAAAUGAGGUAACACUUAUUGUUGGUAGACAAUAGUAUGCCUCACAUCCUGUUAUUUCUCACUAUAUUUCCUACUUAUGGACUUAUGUUUACAUGCAAAGAUGGGUGCCGACAUUCAUUUUCUCAUCUUCAUUCAUCCUGCGUGGAGUCUGUAUCUCGCUGUUAUAUUUGACUUUUGCUGGCAAGUGGGAUGUGACCUAAUCUAUACACUGCUUUAUUUAUUCAUAACAAUCACUCUCAUUUCUAAUGGCAAUAAAUACAAACAACCACAAUUUCCUACGCC